CACUGCAGUGAGACCUAAGACGACAGCUGGGACAGUAGCGGACAGAUUUUAGUAACCUGUGCAGACAAAGAUUCUGUCUGAAUGAUGGGAAACCAUAAUGGCAAAGACACCUACAGCCCUACAGGUACAGGUUCCCCUUUAGACUUUUACCACACACCUCCUACCUCGCCCUCUGAGGAAGAGCUGGCUGCCAUGGCCUUGCCCUCUGCAGCUUCGACUGGUAAGAUGCAAACCUCAUCACCCAUUGCUAGUGCCCCACCCUCCUCUCCCUCCCCAGCAGCAGAAUGGAAACCAAAGCUUUCGGCUCCCUCAGAGUGGGCUGUGAUCAGCGUGGAGAGCAUCAAUUCCUUGGGGACAAACUCGAGCGAUGCAGCAACUGGACAGGAGAAGGUCGUUAGCAGUUUGGAUGUUCAGACUCCAAUACCUUUGCCCCAAAGAUCACCUUCAGAGCAGAGCUGGCAGGAAAGAGACAGUGGGAUGGAGUCGCAGGCAGCAGCAGAGCGAACCGGAGAGGAGAUGACCCUGGUUUUACUCAGUCUGAUGGAGCACUAUAGAGCCUCAAUGGGCCUAACCCCCAAUACUGAUAUUACUGCAGGAGCCGUAGAGAUGCUGAGGCGCUUGAUAACUGAAAAGGAAGAUCUGGUUGAGGAGCUGGACAUACUAAAGGAAACACUCAGGACAGAAAGGUUGGAGUGGCAACAGUUCCAGUGGGACCUGCACACCGCGGUGUCUGUUGCCGACAGGCUGCGUCUGGAGUCGGAUCAUGCUCUGGGUUUGCUCCAAGAAAACCACAGAGCACUAGAGGAGCAGCUGGCUCAGGCUCUCAGCAGGCAACAGGAGACAGAACAAGCACUGGAGAGUCUGAGAGCAGAGCACAAAGAUGUUUGCUGCAAACUAAAUGAAGUCCUUGUGCAGCGACAACAGGAGCAAUCCGAGCUCGAUGUUCUCAGGAAUGUUUGCAGGCUGAAAGAUGAAUUGACAAACAAAGAGGCUAAUAAACUUAAAAAGAAAACUGAAGCUGAAGAAGAAGAAGAAGUGAAAGAUGGUGGAUAUGAUGGCAGUGAAACGUAUGAUCCUGAGAAAAUGGAAGGAUCCGAAAAUACUGAGCUGACUGGAAAGGGAGUGGCUGAGGGAUACAUUCGUAGUUUGGCUGCACUGGAGAAAAAGAAAGAAGGACGUGGACAAAGAGAUCCAAGGAGAAUAGUAAUGCUGUCGGAAAGGUCCUGGAGCCUGUCUGGUCUUCCAUUUCACAGUGAUUCUUCUAGUCAGAAUAAGACUUCAAAAAACAUGAGCACAACAUUGCCUUUGUGCAAGAAAGAAGAACCAACAAAAGGAAGAACUGGAAGGAUUUUCCAGAGGCAGGAUAGCUGGUCUAACUUUUAUACAGGGAACCAAGAGGAGGAUCAAACCUCAGAUUCUGUAAAACCUCAGGAUGGUUUCAGUGCUUUGCUGAGGCGCCAUGGUGGCUCCAGAAGGAACUCUCUGCUGCGGUGGUGCCAAACCCGUACCAAAGGUUAUAAGAAUAUCGAGAUUACCAAUUUCAGUACGUGCUGGGAGGAUGGGUUGGCAUUCUGUGCCAUCUAUCACACCUUCUUACCAACUCAUAUUCCAUAUGACAGCCUCAGGCCAUCUGACAAGGAGGGAAACCUGGACAUUGCAUUUAAGGUGGGAGAGAGUGUGGGAAUCCCAGCAACACUGACAGUGGAGGAGAUGCUGAAAGCAGACGGGCCGGACUGGCAGAAAGUCCUGGCGUAUGUCGAAAGCAUUUUCCGCCACUUUGAGAUGUGAGAUCAGGAUCCGGGGACUUGAAACCUUCCAUUUUCCUUUUGAUGAGUUGGGAGCUGAACUACUGUUCAACUGAAGACAGCUCUGUGCAAACAAUGAACUCAUCCAUCAGGAUUUCAAAUGUGCAAACACUGGACUCUGUAUUUUUUUUUGUGUGUGUAAAAUACAAUAUUAUUCACCGAGAGACAGGUGCUUGCUGACUCCCAGUGGAAAGAACUUUGAUAGCAUUUUACUUGGAGCACUUUUUUCCACUUGCACAGCAACUUCACUGGACCUGGGGAAUAAGAAGUAGGACACAGAGGAGUGCAGCAGGAUAAUCACCUGCUCAUUGGUUAUCUCUGUGUUCAACUCUGAUUACUGGGUGGGUGGAGUUCUGCAUCCUAUGCACUUAAAUUACUGUAUGGAGCACUUUUUUCACCAAGUUGAAUUAUGUAGCAUUUUAGGAGCAAUAUGUUGGAGUCAAUGUCACUUUAUCCUGUUUUAUUAUGCACCGCAUUGUCUUCAUUUAUUCAGACAGGAAGCAGAUGUAUAAGAUUUUAUCCUGGAAAACAUUGUCUAAUGAAAUGUAUGAAUGUAAAUGUUUUUAAAAUGUAAGUGUGAUUUAAAGACUUGAAGAAAUAAUAAAGUAUCUAUACCAUAGUUUUUUUUCUCCCACACUUCAUAAAAUACACAUCAGAAAAACUGAAUAUUUAAUUCUACAGUAUAAUGAAAACAUCUGACAGCAUAUAAAGUAAAAAAAAAGAUGGCAUUAAAGUAAAUGUUUCAGUGGAAUAAAGUGGAUGUAGUGUUACAUGUAACAAAUAAAUACAAUGUGUGAGGAAAUAUUUCAAGGGUUUGCAAGAAGCAUUGAAUGAAUACUUUUUUU